AGCGGUGCUGCAAACGCGAAAGCCGGCGGGAGGGGAGAUACGUCCGUUACUACUUUUUUUUUUUUUUUUUCCCCUAAAAUAUCAAAGAUUGCCCUGAAAGCGAGGGGGCUGCAGGCUGAAGAAGCUCCGCCGCCGCGCGGCAGCUCUCGGGCGGAGGAGCGCCCGCCUCCGAGCCGAUCCGGCCUCCGGCACAAAUCCCUGCGGCCGCCCGAGGCCCGGGCGAGCUCGGCGGGCGUGCGGUGAUCGGCGCAGCCCCGACCCGCGGAGGAAGCGAAAGCGGCGAUAAACGUGGUUGUAGGUGCCGGCGUCGCCCGCGCGGGCGGGCAGAAACGAGGAAGCUUCGCCCCGAGCGAGCUGUCGCCGCCGCCGGGGCCAUGGCCGCGGCCGGCCCCGUCGAGAGCUUCCACGAUGAAGCCUCCUGCUCCAUCUGCCUGGGGUUCUUCCAGGACCCCGUCUCCAUCCACUGCGGCCACAACUUCUGCCGCGCCUGCAUCACCCGCUGCUGGGAGGAAGCGGAGAGCGCUUUCCCCUGCCCCCAGUGCAAGGAGACGGCCCCGCAGAGAAACCUGAGACCCAACCGGGAACUGGCCAAAAUCAUCGAGAUCGCCAAGCGGCUGAGCCUGCAGGCGGCCAAAGGAGGGGCCGGCGGGGAGAAGCUCUGCGAGAAGCACCAGGAGGCUCUGAAGCUCUUCUGCGAGGAGGACCAGACGCCCAUCUGCCUGGUCUGCAGGGAGUCCCAAGCGCACCGGGCUCACGCCGUGGUCCCCAUCGAGGAGGCGGCGGAGGAGUACAAAGAACGGGUGGAAACAGAGAGACAGAAGGUCGUGUCUGAAAUCGAGGAGCUGCACCAGUUUGUGGAGGGCCAGGAGCGUCUUCUCUUGGGCCGGCUGGCUGAGCUGGAUCAGGAGAUCGUGAAGAGACAGGAGGAGAACAUCACCAGGCUCUCGGAGGAGAUCGCCUCCAUCUGCGAGGAUAUUAGAGAGCUGGAAGAGAAAUGUCAGCAGCCGGCGUGCGAAUUCCUGCAGGACAGCAGAAACAUAUUGAGCAGGCUUGAAAAGGAGGAUGUCCAGCAGUCAGACAAGGUCUCACCGGAGCUGGGAGAGAAACGCACUGGUUGUCCUCAGAAGAAUAUCGCUCUCAAGGAGAUGCUGAUGAAAUUUCAAGUAAGCUUGACCCUGGAUCCAGAGACGGCGCAUCCCCGCCUUGUCCUCUCCGAGGAUCGGAAGAGCGUGAGAUGGGAGGACACGCGCCAACCCGUGCCCGACAACCCCAAGCGAUUCGACGCCUCCCGCUGCGUCCUGGGCUGCGAAGGCUUCAGCACGGGCAGGCACUACUGGGAGGUGGAGGUGGGGGACGGGGAAGCCUGGGCUGUCGGGGUGGCCAAGGAGUCGGUGAGGAGGAAGGGACGGAUCAGCGUCAACCCGGAGGUGGGGAUCUGGGCUAUGGGGCAGUGUGGGAGCCAGUACCAGGCUCUUACUUCUCCCACCAUCCCCAUCUCCCUGCUCACUCCCCCCAAGGUGAUCGGGAUUUACCUGGACUACGAGGCAGGGCGAGUGGCGUUUUUUGACUCCAACAAGGAGGCGCCCAUCUUCACCUACCCAUCGGCUUCGUUCGCAGGGGAGCGAAUCCUCCCUCUGCUCUGCCUGGGGAGAGGGUGCCAGUUCUCGCUCUCCCCCUGACUGCUCCGGGGACAUCCUCCGCUUGAGCCUUGCUCACAUGGGUCUGGAGACAUCUCAGGGUCCUACCUCCCCAGAGGUGGAUUUGGGGAGCAUGAAGAAGGCAAUGUCCUGCCUAGUGCAAGCAGGAUGGCAAAUUAUCCUUCCCUGCCAUCUAGCUCAGCAAGAAGUAUCUGCUGUUGCAGAGCUGGUGGAGCAUGGGAUAAGAGCUGCUCUACUGGCAGAAGACGUUGCCAACGAUGCUGCCCUGGUACAGCCAUGCCCAUAACCCCCCUUUGAAAAACGUUUUUUCCUCUCUGUGUUGGAAAACAAGGAUGCAGCUAAGCUGAACCUAUGCUGGCUUCUGAAGUGAUGGACCCACUUUCCCCUCUCCCUAACCUCUCCUGAGUGUUUUUGUUGGACCCUUCACCCAGCUUUUUUUGGCUCGCUAAGCUUUCGAGACGUCCUGCUGCAGCUGUGGAGCCUCUCCUUUAGAUGCUGUGGAUGAAGAUGCAAAACCCUGGAGAACACAAAGAGUUUGGAUGGUUUCACGCUUUUUUGCAGCCUUUGACACAGAGCGGGUCAGCUAAGCCAACAACAAGAUGGGCAAUACCUGAUCUUGCAGAAAGACUACCAGUACAACCACUAACAAUAUCCAGACCCCCCAGUUUGUGUUACAUCAGUGCUUAGUGCUGCGUGAUGGUCAUCUCCUUGCUCUAAAUGUAUUGCAAGGAUUUGCCUCUCCAGAAGUGUAGCCCUCCAGCCUGCAAUUCCUCUCAAGUCAACGAAGAAUGACAGCAAGGGCAUAAUUGAGCUCAUCUUGAAAUGGGUCAACCACAUGUAGGAGAUUAUCUAGGUGGCAUGGAGACAAAUCUACUGGAAGUGCCUAAAACCAAGACAAAUAAAUCCUUCUCAAGGCAGCAUCGGUUUUAACCUCGUAUUGAACAACAGCCUUGGUGCCAGCUGGUGCCUAAAGGUUGCUUGGGAACAUAAGGAGGAACCAAAAGGCGAUGAAGGAUGCUCACAUGAGCAUUUCCCAGGUUUCUUUUUGGUGAAUAGAGCUAGCGCUUUAAGAUACCGGAACUGAUUGUACAAAUGUGUCUCUGGUGGUUUGAAACGCUUUGUUUGCCUUAACUGCUGACAGCAGAAUGCGGAAAUGAUAAUAGAGGAACUGCCUCUGCUGCAGACUCUUGUAGUGGUUGCUUGGUACCAGCACUUCACUGGCACUUAGCUGAGCAAAG